UUCUGGUGAUUUUACAGUUUCAGUUCCAAAGAUGAGAACUUUGACCUCCCAGUUAUACUUCAAUGGUGGUGGUCUCGCUUGGUUCCAGAAGAAGAAUCAGAGCUCUCUGUUUACCAAUCAUCUCAGACUCUCUAAACCAUUAAAGGUUCAGGUGGUUGUAUCUGCUGUUCAAUUCAGACCUUGCAUCGACAUCCACAAGGGAAAAGUGAAACAAAUAGUUGGAUCUACACUUAGUGACUUGAAAGAAGAUGGUUCUGUUCUCGUUACGAAUUUUGAAUCUGACAAGACUGCGGAAGAGUAUGCGAAGAUGUACAAAGAAGAUGAGCUUACGGGUGGUCAUGUGAUAAUGCUUGGAGCAGACCCUUUAAGCCAAGCUUCAGCUAUUGGAGCAUUACAUGCUUAUCCAGACGAUGAAUUCUAGGCGGUUUGCAAGUUGGAGGUGGGAUUAAUUCAGAGAAUUGCUUGAGUUACAUAAAGGAAGGAGCAAGCCAUGUCAUUGUCACUU